GGCAGACUAGCGGCGGCAGUAGCAGAAGCCGCAGGGCCCGGGCGGCAGCGGGAAGAUGGCGGAGUCCGGCGGCGGCGACUUCGGGUCGGAGCGGCCAAGCAGCAUGGCUGACAAGAAUGGGGCCUUGAAAUGCACCUUUUCUGCUCCCGGUCACAGCACCACUCUCCUGCAGGGGUUGGCCACUCUGCGAGCUCAGGGCCAGCUCCUGGAUGUCAUCCUCACCAUCAACAAUGAAGCCUUCCAAGCCCACAAGGUGGUCUUGGCUGCCUGUAGUGACUACUUCAGGGCAAUGUUCACCGGAGGGAUGAGAGAGGCCAACCAGGAUGUAAUUGAGCUGAAGGGUGUGUCCGCCAAAGGCCUGAAACACAUAAUUGACUUUGCGUAUAGCGCCGAAGUGACUCUAGAUCUUGAUUGCAUUCAGGAUGUGCUGGGCGCCGCGGUGUUCCUCCAGAUGGGGCCGGUGGUGGAGCUCUGCGAGGAGUUCCUGAAGUCCGCCAUGAGCGUGGAGACAUGCCUCAACAUCGGGCAGAUGGCCACCGCCUUCAGCCUGGCCUCCCUGAAGGAGUCGGUGGACGCCUUCACCUUCCGGCACUUCCUGCAGAUUUCACAGGAGGAAGACUUCCUCCACCUGCCCCUGGAGCGGCUGGUCUUCUUCUUGCAAAGCAAUCGGCUGAAGAGCUGCAGGGAGAUCGACCUCUUCCAGGCUGCCACCCGCUGGCUGCAGCAUGACCCCACGCGCCGUCCGGGGGCCAGCCAGGUGCUCUGCCACAUCCGCUUCCCCCUCAUGCGGUCCUCGGAGCUGGUGGACAGCGUCCAGGCCCUGGACGUCAUGGUGGAGGACGUGCUCUGCCGGCAGUACCUGCUGGAGGCUUUUAACUACCAGAUCCUGCCCUUCCGCCAGCACGAGAUGCAGUCCCCCCGGACUGCCAUCCGCUCGGACACCCUCUCCCUCGUCACCUUCGGUGGCACCCCCUACACGGACAACGACCGAUCAGUCAGUGGCAAGGUCUACCACCUGCCGGACCCCGGCACCCGCCAGUUCAAGGAGCUGACAGAGAUGGAGGCGGGCUGCAGCCACGCCUGCGUGGCAGUGCUAGACAACUUUGUGUAUGUGGUUGGCGGGCAGCACCUGCAGUACCGCAGUGGAGAGGGUGCGGUGGGCGUCUGUUACCGUUACGACCCACACCUGAGCCGUUGGCUGCGCAUUCAGGCCAUGCAGGAGAGCCGGAUCCAGUUCCAGCUGAACGUCCUGGGCGGGUUGGUCUAUGCCACGGGUGGGCGGAACCGCGCGGGCAGCCUGGCCUCUGUGGAGAGAUACUGCCCCCAGAAGAACGAGUGGGCAUAUGUGUGCUCGUUGAAGCACCGGACCUGGGGUCACGCCGGGGCUGCCGCCGGGGGCCGGCUCUAUAUCUCGGGGGGCUACGGCAUCUCCGUGGAGGACAAGAAGGCCCUGCACUGCUACGACCCAGCGGGGGACCAGUGGGAGUUUAAAGCCCCCAUGAAUGAGCCCCGGGUGCUGCAUGCCAUGGUCAGCUCCAGUGGCCGGGUUUACGCCCUUGGGGGCCGCAUGGACCAUGUGGACCGCUGCUUUGACGUCCUGGCCGUGGAGUACUACGUGCCUGAGACGGAUCAGUGGACCACCGUGAGCCCCAUGCGAGCCGGCCAGUCGGAAGCUGGCUGCUGCCUUCUGGACAGAAAAAUCUACAUCGUCGGGGGCUAUAACUGGCAUCUGAACAACGUGACCAGCAUCGUGCAGGUGUACAACACCGAGACCGAUGAGUGGGAGCGAGACCUGCACUUCCCUGAGUCUUUCGCCGGCAUCGCUUGCGCCCCCGUCAUUCUGCCCCAGCCCGCAUCCCAGAGAUAGCCACCUGGGGCCACAGGGUCCCUCCCCGAGGGCCGCUGCCGACUGCGGGCCUGAGGGGUUGAGUGACCUUGGGUCUGCCCACAAAUGGUGCCGUGGAGCCAAGUGCCGGGGGGGAAGGAAGGAAGGAAGCCGCACAGGUGUCAAGUGUCGGGAACUCCUCCCUGGGGUCCCUCCUCUCCUCUUGGAUAACAUUCUGGCAGCGGGUUCGGUGGAGAGUGCCUGCCAGUGCAUUGGACCCGAUACGUCCCAGCUGAAAAACAAUAAAUAAAAAUCACAUUUUGGGACGUUUCUCUGUUUGCCCAUCGUUUCCCAACGUUGUUCGUGGCUAAAGUUAAUGGAUCAGCCUUGUCUCUGGUUGUUCCCUUCCCGGCCUCCCCCCGCACCCCCGACCUCCCCCAGUCUUGUGGUUUUCAAACAAGUUCAGACGUGAUUUCAUUCGCUCUGGUUCCCCAAAGUCAUUGGUAUGUAUCUUAUUUUCAAGUGUGUGUGUGUGUGUGUGUGUGUGUGUGUGUGUGUGUGUGUGUUUUAACAAGAAGUUAACCAAAACCUUUAUAACAUACUGACCUCCAGGAGCAAGAAGAGAUGACUGGAAACUUAAAUAGUUGAGGUUUAUGAAAGCACAUUUUUGCUUCCCAAUAAGUGAUUUUUCCCCCCCCCCGCCCCCCCUUCAGUUGCCUAAUAAGUCAACUUAUGCAGAAUGAGGCAAGAAGGAAGGCGAUGGUCAGCUCUUUUCCAUUCACUUUACCUUUCCAGGAAUCCCCUUUGGGCUCUGCAUUGACGUCUCUUCCUGAUCCAAAAAGUUGGAUCUUUAGCCACGCCUCCUUUUCUAAAGACAAUAAACACAACCAAAGAUCCCUCUGGAGAAGAUGGUGUCGGCCCCAGAAGGCUUCGUGGUAUUUUGGCGAGCAACAUGUUUGUGGAGACUUCGAUGUGGAGAAGUUUGGUAAAUUCUUGACCGUCAUUGUUGUCGUCAUCAUCAUCAUCGUGAUAUAUGUUGACCCGGUGCCAUCUUUGGUUUUGUGUUUUGGGGUUUUUUGUCCUUGGAAAGGCCUGUUCCUUUAACAGUUGAAGAAAAGUAGUGAUCCUUGAAGGAGGUCUUCAUUUAACAAAUCUAGUUCAGCUCCCCGCUCUUCCACCCCCUUGUCCCCUUCAAGUCAAUAUUCUACUGAGUUUGACCUUAUGGCACAAAGAGAGCAAUUCCAUUGAUCAGGCUUUCACUUUGAAGGGCUUCACAAUAUUUCUCUACCCCAUUCAUUUUGGUGUCUGGAACUCAAAAAAGUGGACCCUGCUGUCUUAUAAAUACUGAUUUGUAUUCUCUUGAGGCAAUUUAAAAUGUCUAUUUUGCUGCUAAUGUUGAUUGAUAUGGUCUCUUUGUGACCAUGUGUUGUGUAAAAAGUAACUUCAUACCUUAAAAGUAAGUUAACAGAUAUUGUUUCUCUAAUUUUAAUUCCCAUAAUAAAAGUUGG